AUGCCACUCUCGGACUAUAAAGACCUGGUGGGCACCGUGGCAAGCUAUGCUGCCAUCGCUCAGAUGCUCUCUGGCACCAUCAUGUGCCGCAACUUCGCUCGCCAGGGCACCACACGUGGCAUGCCCCCGACCAUGUUCGUCAUGGGUGGCACGCUGGGCGUCGUCAUGGUGGAGUUCGCCCGCAUCAUGAAGGACGCGGCGAUGCUGCGCGCCAACCGCGCCAUCAUGCUACUCAACCUGGGCUACCUGGCUUGCUACUGGUACUACUGCGACGACCGGCCCCUGUUCUACCGAACACUGACCAAAGCCACCGUCCUGGCUGCGGGGCUGCUCACCUACGCCCGCCUCGAGGACCCCGCAGUGGUCGAGUUCCGGUUCGGUGCCAUCCUCACUGUCCUGUUCUUCUUCCUAGUCGCUUCACCACUCUUUUCACUGCGAGAGAUCAUCAGAACCAAGAACAGCAUCAGCAUACCACUGCCGAUGGUCCUGUCGGGUACUGUUGUAACCCUACUGUGGCUGCUUUACGGGGUGAUGAUUGGAAGUGCUUUUCUGAUUUUCCAGAAUGUGAUUGUUUUGGUCUUAUCAGUGGCCCAGUUGGGUCUGGUUAUCAUUUACCCGAGGACUCUGCCACCUGAGGAGAGCAAGGGCGUUGGCUAUCUUUGA